AUGCCCCGCAACCACGGCGGCGGGGAGGAGGGCGGCUCCGCGGGGCUCUGGGUGAAGAGCGGCGCGGCGGCGGGCAUGAAGGAUGUGGAGUCGGGCCGGGGCAGGGCGCUGGCGAGCGCGGCGGCCCGCGGCGACGGCCUGCUGCUCCUGGGCACCGGCGGCGCGGCCGCCCCCGCCGGGCUGCGAGAGGGCCGCCGCGGGAAGCACGGCGCCCGCAUGAGCCUGCUGGGGAAGCCGCUGUCGUACAGCAGCGGGCCGAGCUGCCGCAGGAACGCCAAGUACCGCCGGCUGCAGAACUACCUGUACAACGUGCUGGAGCGGCCCCGCGGCUGGGCCUUCGUCUACCACGCCUUCGUUUUUCUCCUUGUGUUUGGUUGCUUGAUUUUGUCCGUGUUUUCUACUAUUCCUGAACACACAAAACUUGCCUCUGGUUGUCUCUUCAUUUUGGAAUUUGUCAUGAUUGUUGUCUUUGGUUUGGAAUUUAUUAUUCGUAUCUGGUCUGCUGGAUGCUGUUGUCGAUACCGAGGAUGGCAAGGAAGACUGCGCUUUGCAAGAAAACCAUUCUGUGUAAUAGACAUCAUUGUUCUCAUCGCUUCAAUAGCAGUUGUUUCUGCAAAAACUCAGGGUAACAUUUUUGCAACAUCAGCACUGAGAAGUCUUCGUUUCCUACAGAUCCUUCGUAUGGUGCGCAUGGACCGAAGAGGAGGCACUUGGAAAUUAUUAGGUUCAGUAGUUUAUGCACAUAGCAAGGAAUUAAUCACAGCCUGGUACAUAGGAUUUUUAGUACUCAUCUUUUCAUCUUUCCUGGUUUAUCUGGUGGAAAAAGAUGCAAAUAACCAAUUCUCCACAUAUGCAGAUGCUCUCUGGUGGGGCACAAUCACAUUGACAACCAUUGGCUAUGGAGACAAAACUCCUCUUACUUGGCUUGGAAGGUUGCUUUCUGCAGGAUUUGCUCUACUUGGCAUUUCUUUCUUUGCACUACCUGCUGGCAUCCUUGGCUCAGGAUUCGCAUUAAAAGUGCAGGAACAGCAUCGUCAGAAACACUUCGAGAAAAGAAGGAAUCCAGCUGCCAGUCUAAUUCAGUGUGUAUGGCGUAGUUAUGCGGCUGAUGAGAAAUCGGUUUCCAUUGCUACCUGGAAGCCUCAUUUGAAGGCCUUGCAUACCUGCAGCCCUACAAAAAAAGAACAAGGGGAAGCUUCUAGCAGUAAGCUUUGUAGUAAUAAACAGAAGCUCUUCAGGAUGUACACCCCUCGGAAACAUAGUCAAAAGCUAAGUUUUAAGGAGCGGGUCCGGAUGGCCAGCCCACGAGGUCAAAGUAUAAAGAACAGGCAGUCUUCAGUUGGAGAUCGCCGGUCACCAAGUGCCGACAUUGCCACCGAGGGCAGCCCAACCAAAGUCCAGAAGAGCUGGAGCUUCAACGACCGAACCCGCUUCAGGCCCUCGCUGCGGCUGAAGAGCUCACAGCCCAAACCCGUGGUUGACGCUGACACCAGUCUCGGAACAGAUGAUGUUUAUGAUGAUAAAGGGUGCCAGUGUGAUGUGUCAGUAGAAGAUCUCACCCCUGCUCUUAAAACUGUGAUCAGAGCAAUCAGAAUUAUGAAAUUUCAUGUUGCAAAGAGAAAGUUUAAGGAAACACUUCGUCCAUAUGAUGUCAAAGAUGUCAUUGAACAGUAUUCAGCAGGUCAUCUAGACAUGUUAUGCAGAAUUAAAAGUCUUCAGUCACGUGUUGACCAAAUUCUUGGGAAAGGACAAAUCACAGCAGAUAAAAGAAGUAGAGAAAAGAAUCCUGCAGAGAAUGAGACAACUGAUGACCUCAGUAUGUUAGGGCGUGUAGUCAAGGUGGAGAAACAGGUACAAUCCAUUGAGUCAAAACUGGACUGUCUAUUAGAUAUUUAUCAACAAGUUUUGCGAAAAGGAUCUGCAUCCGCACUCACUUUGGCUUCAUUUCAAAUGCCAGCUUUUGAGUGUGAGCAGACUUCUGAUUACCAGAGUCCAUCAGACAGCAAAGAUUUGUCUACUUCUGCACAAAUUAGUGGAUGUGUAUCCAGAUCAGCUAGUGCCAAUCUGCCUCGUGGCCUACAGCUUAUACUGACACCAAAUGAAUUUAGCACUCAGGCUUACUAUGCUUUUAGUCCAGCUAUGCAUAGUCAAGCAACGCAAGUGCCAAAUGAUGGACCUGCAACAGUUAAUAAUACAUCAAACCAAAUAAACCAGGCAACUAAGCCAGCAACUCCAACAACAUUACAAAUACCACCUUUCUCAUCAAUGAAGCAUAUCAAUAGGCCUGAGCCCGUUCAUAUUAUUCCUGUAACCACACAGGAAAAUAUUUCUGAUGUCACCGCUUGCCUUGUUGCAUCAAAGGAUAAUGGACAAGUUGCACAGCCCAGUGCGACAAAGGAUCUCACAUGGAGAAAAAGUCUGGAUACAGAAGGGGAACCUUUGCUCUCAGUUAAACCUGUGGUGCAAAUGGAUUUAGGAAAAUCUUUAUCUGUACAAAACCUUAUACAAUCAACAGAAGAACUGAAUGUACAGAUUGCUGGCAGUGACUCCAGUGGUUCCAGAGGUAGCCAAGACGUAUACUCCAAAUGGAGGGAGUCAAAAUUAUUUAUAACUGAUGAAGAGUUGGAGACAGAGGCAGGAACAGAGACUACUGAAGCCAUCUCGCGCCCAUUAGUGGAAACAACUCUCUCUGCUGACUCUCUAAGGACUGGAAUAUCAAGAUCAUCUCAAAGCAUUUGCAAGCCAGGGGACGGUACAGAAGCACUCAAUCUGCUCCACGUCAAACUUAAAUAA